AUGGUCACAACCACAACUGACCAACGGCUGGCUGACUCUAAAAUCUCGGAAUUAGUGCGACAAGGGGAGUUCAGUUUCAAUUUGGCCAUUCAGGCUGCUCCCUCACAAGACAUCGAACAUAUCGCAACUGCAUUCUUCCUUAAAUCAUAUGUACCGAUAUCUAGCUUCUCUGCGAUUCUACUGUCUCCUUCCAACGAGCUCUCAGAAUUAAGAUCCGAUGCCCUCAAGGCUGCUUCUUUGGCAUAUCUAUCGAUUUUCGUCGCUCCGUCUUCUUACUCGCCAGUUCUCAAAUGGGCCACCGCCUCGAAAUAUGGGAUCGCUCUCUCACACACAAACCACUCGCUCAUGUACUCCGGGUCUGCAAUUCAGGAUGAUACUCUCCUUGCAGUCCUACUCCUAGCCCUCUCGGAAGCUUUCAGUGUGCAAGGUUCAGCUCAAGCCGUUGCCUCACAAUACAACAUCGUGGCCGGAAUAUAUGCUUGCUCUCAAGUCACGAUUCGGAAUACAUAUGAUGCGACUUUUCCUCAACCAAAGCCUGUAUUCCCGGAUAACACGAGUACUAUUCGAAAACUCAUACUCGGAGGGCCAAAUCCUCGAUCAGAUGACUACGGUGCGCCAUUUGUGCAGAAAAACAAUACAAGAGAUUGCCUCCGAGAUCUUGGCCGUUAUGCCAGUUCUGUUGGGAUGCUCAAGGGAAGAGGUGGGCUUGGCUUUAAUGGCACGUCGCUUGCUAUGGCCAAUGGCCUUUCUCGCAAACUCGGAAUCCUGCUCGUCCUCACAGCGUUCAUCUCUUCGCACGCAUAUUACGGAACUGAUACAAAGAUGGAAUGUGCUUCCGGCAACAGAGGUGAUCGAAAUGCUAGAGAGGCCUUCAGGCCCUCAAGAUUGGCUCCUUUUAUGUCACGUAUUUUGAAGACAAUGCGAAUAGAACAAUCUUUCGAUAAGCUACAGGGAUUUAUCACAUAA